AUGAUUCCUACUAAAGUCACCAGUGGAAAAUGGAUAAGUGAAGAAACUGCUGAUGAAGAAGAGCUCUUCUGUCAUUGUCGGGAAAUGGAAAUGGUUUGUUACGCUGUGACGAAAAUGAUACUAGACUCUGACAAUAAAUGGAAAGGGAAUGUUAUUAAUACAAUUGGUAGUAAGAAUAACACAUAUUCAUUAUCUAACCGUAAAUACAUCAUGGAACUGGUUAAUAUACAGGUACUAGAUCAGAUAAUAGAUUAUUUACAAAAAAUAGUGAAAUCAUUUUACAAAUUAAAUCCAAAAUUAGCUCGGUUGAAAAAGGACAACGGGUUGCUUCAGAGUAAAAACAUUCAUAUUUUUGAUAAAUUAUGUAGCAUCAGAUUCCUGAUGUUGCAAACUAUACAUGGCCUUAUAACAACUAUAUUGAACACGUGUCUGUAUAGAGAAGACUCCAGAAAAAUGAUUGAAUCCUGCUUAAGUCUUGUUGGCAUUUACAACAAUUUAACUGGUCUCAGCUAUAAGAAGUUCGCAGCUAAAUUCAAUAUUGGAAGUAAUACAUAUCCCAUCAUCAUAAGUGAAAUCAAGAACAUUACCUUAACUAAGAUCGUUCAGAUUUUAGCUAAAAGCCGUGGGGAAAUCAACUGUCAACGUUUGAUUAAUUGUUUGGUAAAAGUAUACAACCCUGAUAACAUUUCUGACAACGAUUCAAGUUCUAGUAGCGCAGAAAGUUUGGAAAUAUUUCAUACACUCACGAAACACAUAACACCGCCAACAUCAACGAAAUCUAGAGACUUAAUAAUGGAGAAGCGUCGGGAUCAUUUCGUCAUAAAUAGGAAAUUGAAAAUGAAACAAGCUCAGAGCUUGAUUCAGAUGAAAAAUGAACACAAUAAGAAACUUAACGAACUAGUGACUGCGCAGAAUUCUGACGCUGAAGUGCCUUACCUGUCGCUUUUAAAUAGUGAAUAUGCUCUUGAAAAUAUUUUUAAUACCGAAGAUAAUAUAAACAGUAUUCUUCAAAGUGAGGAAAUGUACAUAGAAAUUUUAUUAGACACUGUUGCAAAUAUGUCACCAUUACUGUUAGGCACGAAUGGUGUCAAGAAGCUUAAGAAUGGUCGCAUUCAAACCAGUAAAAAGGCUGCUCACAAAGUAACAGAGUAUUACCAGAAUAUAUUGUGGGGUGAUGUAGGCAGUUGCCUUGAACAUAUUAUAUUGUGGUGGUCUUCAUACCCUUUGGCGAUGAGGUCUCCUAACACCAGCCAAAAGCUUCGAGAAUGGCUAUUUGCUACAUUCAAUGUUAAUAAUACGCCAGAACUGAUUUUGGCAGCUUUAAGAAUAUUAGCAGAUGCAUUAGGGUGUCAUGUAACGUCUACUUCUUGGGAUAAAAAUUUUGGUGCUACUUUAACAACAAACUUAACUCCAACUUCGCUGAAAAUAAACCCUGAACUAUCGUUGUAUAUCACUGAGAGUACAGAAUCAGGAGCCAGUUUUGCGUUGAUGCUACAAGAGCUGGUCAUGUUAAACAAUCAGUGUGAAGUAACUUGGGACUACAUACUAGGAGCACCUCUAGAAGAUUUACCUAUAGUUGAACAGAUACCUAUUUUGCAUAGACUUGACCACUCUAUUCACACGUACAGACUGUGGUGCUUAGCUGAAACACGAAGGUUGGCUAAUGUUUGGGAAAUGAAAGACUUCUGCCGCAUAGCACACAACGAUAUGCAAGCUUGCAUGGAGCAGUUGAUUAACUUAAGGUUUGCAGAUCACACCACAGCGAUCGAGUCAGGUAAAAUCGGUGUUCAUGAAACUGUUUGCGCUAAAAUGAGGGAGACGUUAGUAUCCGAGGUGAAAGUAAACACGCAAAAAUUAAAAGAUGCAACAGAAGAGAUAACCCAUGUAUUGUCAUCAGUGUGUGUGACCAUUAGCUUGGCACAUUUGACCAUGAUAUUCCCGAGUAAUGCGGAGUGGCGGGGAGUGACUCGACCGCCUCAGUCAAGUAACUCUCUAUAUGUACAUGCGUUCCUAGAUAAAAUGUUACUGCCAGCAAUAAAAGCGACUCAAGACGUAACGACUUUGAACAUGGUGCUCAGGCUUAUGUGCGAGUCUUGGCUCCACCAUAUAUAUGUAGCCAAAGUCAAAUUUACGAAAGAUGCGGCGAUGCAGCUUCUAGCAGAUUUCAAUGAAGUAAAAAUUUGGUUAAACGAAUGCAAAUUGCUUGCCACUGCCGCAAGGAAACAGAUGCUACAGAAUGAAGUUUUGAGGAGGUGCGAAGGCGUUGGUAGACUUCUACUGCAUGCUCCUGGGGAUCUCAUAUCAAUGCAAGAUUCGACAAUGCAAUCAGCUCAGCUUGUACGUAAGGACGACAAUGAUACUCCCGAACAGCUAAUGCCAGCGGAAAUGUACGUGCCGAAUCAAAAGCAAUGGCUCACAUUACGCUCUAAAAAGUUAAAAGGACCAAUUGCAUUUACACUAUGCUGCAUCGUGCUAUGUUGA